AGGUUAGGUGAAACGAACAAUAAUGGAAUCAGAGCUCAAAGAUUUGAAUUCGAAUCCUCCGUCGAGCAAAGAGGAAAGGCCGUUACUGAAAUCAGAUUCCGAUUUGGCGGCUGCCAUUGAAGAGUUAGACAAAAAGUUCGCACCUUACGCGAGGACCGAUUUGUAUGGGACCAUGGGUUUGGGUCCUUUUCCGAUGACGGAGAAGAUUAAGUUGGCGGUUGCAUUGGUGACGCUUGUUCCUUUGCGGUUUAUUCUCUCGAUGAGCAUCUUGCUUCUGUACUACUUGAUUUGUAGGGUAUUUACGCUCUUUUCUGCUCCUUAUCGUGGGGCAGAGGAAGAGGAAGACGAAGGUGGUGUUGUUGUUCAGGAAGAUUAUGCUCACAUGGAAGGAUGGAAACGGACUGUUAUCGUGCGCUCUGGGAGGUUUCUCUCUAGGGUUUUGCUUUUCGUUUUUGGGUUUUAUUGGAUUCACGAGAGCCGUCCAGAUCGAGAUUCAGACAUGGAUUCCAAUCAUAAAACUACUUCUACAGAGAUUAACCAGAAAGGGGAAGCCGCCACGGAGGAACCUGAAAGACCUGGAGCCAUUGUGUCCAAUCACGUUUCGUACUUGGACAUUUUGUAUCAUAUGUCUGCUUCUUUUCCAAGUUUUGUUGCCAAGAGAUCAGUGGGCAAACUUCCUCUUGUUGGCCUCAUUAGCAAAUGCCUUGGUUGUGUCUAUGUUCAACGAGAAGCAAAAUCGCCUGAUUUCAAGGGUGUAUCUGGCACAGUGAAUGAAAGAGUUCGAGAAGCACAUAGGAAUAAAUCUGCUCCAACUAUUAUGCUUUUUCCAGAAGGAACAACGACCAAUGGAGACUACUUACUUACAUUCAAGACAGGUGCAUUUUUGGCUGGAAUUCCUGUCCUUCCGGUAAUUUUAAAAUAUCCGUACGAGCGCUUCAGUGUGGCAUGGGAUACAAUAUCCGGGGCACGCCACAUUUUAUUCCUUCUCUGUCAAUUCGUAAAUCACUUGGAAGUCAUACGGUUACCUGUAUACUACCCAUCCCAAGAAGAGAAAGAUGAUCCCAAACUUUAUGCUAGCAAUGUUCGGAGAUUAAUGGCCACCGAGGGUAACUUGAUUCUAUCGGAGUUGGGACUUAGCGACAAAAGGAUAUAUCACGCAACUCUCAAUGGUUUGUUUUGCAAAAGCUAAUAUGGACACUCGAAAUUCGUGGUCUGAAUAUUUCAUUUAUUCAUAGGAGAAGGAAACAACACGUUUAACACAACUUUAGUAGUAUACACUGAACAUAUCUCAUUUCUGAAAUUUGUAUUUUUUUGCCUCUGUUUCUUGCUGAAGCAACACACACACACACCAAAUGGUUCUUCAUCCUUGGAAGAACUUCAAUGAUUCAAUCAAAUGCCAGGUUCAAA